UUGUUUUGGUGACCGUCAUAAGGGCAGACAUUUUGGCCAAGUCAUGUGGUGGCACGAGGUACUGCCGGGCUUAGCUGUCAUGACAGUUUGUCUGUUCAUUCCUGGCAUUGCGACGGCUCAAAUCCAUAAGUUCACAAACGGUGGGAAGGAAAAGCGGCUUGCACGGGCGCCAUAUCAGUGGUACCUUAUGGAGAGAGACAGGAAACUUUCUGGAUGCAAUAAAUAUUACGUCUCCAAGGGACUUGAAAACAUCAAUUGAAAUGCCACAGUGAUGAACCUGAAAUGUAAAUUUUGUCCAGUCAUAUAUUAAAAUGUUGUCCUUAAAUUA